CUAUAUCAUCGUGGUGGUGAUCGUCUCGUCGUCAUUCCCCUCAGCCUCAGCCUCACAGCCGCAUAAAACAAAACAAAAGAAGAAAGAAAAGAAUUUUGAAUCUUUUGUUUUUGUUGAUUCUAAGGAUUAAUUUCAAAAAGAUGAAGAGCGCAGCUCAGCCGGCCCAGAUUCCGACGAGCUUCGGCAACGAGCUUAGGGCCUGCCUCCGUUGCCGCCUCGUCAAGACCUACGAUCAGUUCAGAGAAAACGGAUGCGAGAACUGCCCCUUCUUCAAGAUGGAUGAAGAUAGCGACCUGGUCAACGAAGGCACUACUCCCAAUUUCAAUGGCAUCAUUUCGGUCAUGGAUCCUGAUAAGAGCUGGGCUGCUAAGUGGCUUCGAAUUUCGAGGUUUGUUCCUGGUUGCUACACUCUUGCAGUUUCAGAGGCUCUUUCUGAGGAUUUGCAGAAUAUAUGUGAAGAUGAGCACGUGCAAUAUGUACCACCAAAACGUGUAUGAGCGUUGCCUAAUGAUCAGACCUGCAAAAAGAAUGCCUUUGAGACUAAGUAGAUUAACUUGUUAUGGAAACAGAUGGUUGUUGGAGGUGAAUGUUCUGUUGGAAUGACGGCAUCUAGCGAAAUAUUUAAAUUCGGACGCUUGUGAUGUAGUGAAUCUGUUUUGUUUUGUGUGUAAUGUAGCCGCUUGUGAAUGUUGUUUGAGACAGAGUAGUAGUUUAUCUGUGUUCUCAUCUGCUACUGGUUUUCGUUCAA